AUGGCCCAGCCGACGGACUUGCCAUCUCAGAAGCCUCGGAAACGGGGUGCACCCCGAAUCCGGGCAGACUCCAGCAAGGCCGUCCAGGCGAUCUUGGAGAGAAACCGCAGCAAGCCGGCGCCGGAGAAGGGCGCGGGCUUGCACAAGAAGACUCUGGCGCUCCAGAAUAGAGUCUGGGCGGAGUGGACUCAGUUUGCCGAAGCUGGCGAGCUCGACAGUGAUAAGACGUGGCUGCAGCUGUGUGCCGGCUCGCACGAUGCCGUCAAGAUAUUCGAGAGCUUCCUCGAGCUAUAUAUCCUGAACUCCGAAACAUCUGUGCCCUGCUUGGGCCCUGACGAGUACAAGACCAAGAGAGACGUGAAUAGUGCGGCGACGCUGCAGGACGUGUGGUCUGCGUUGGUUCGCGUCGCGAAUGAUGACGUGUUGAAGCGGUUCCGUUACCAACCGAAUGCAAACGCGCAGCACUUCACAUUGCGCUACUCAACCCGCGGCGGCGUCGAGUCUGGCCCCGCUGGACUGGUUGGAAAGCUGAUUCCUGGGCUAGCUGAUAGGCUCGGCCUGACUCGGCGCCAGCAAUUCGUGAAAAAGGAGACGACGGAAGAGGAUCUGCUGCUUGUCCUCCGGACCGCCUGGGAGAGGGCAUCCGACAUCCUCUGCAAACCCUCCCAGCGAGUCUCGUUCUCAGGGAAUAUCAUCCUUGGCGGUAUCGGCGGCUGGCGGUACGAGAGCUUGAGGCGUGUCGAGUACAAGGACAUCGAGGUUGGCUGGCUGAGAGAUCCUGCCGAUCCGACGAAAGUCCGGCCCGUUGCAAGCGUUCAUGUUCGGCAUGUGAAGCGGCACGGAGAUGAGAUCGAAAGGGACCAGAGCGCAAGUUUGACCUUCGGCAUCACCCGGGUCCCGGUCAAGUCUAUCUGCCUUCUCUCUCACAUCGUCGCGAUGGCCAUCUACAAGGGUGCUUUCGCAACAAGGUUCACAUCCUGCGAAGAGGUGUUGUACCCCAAGGGCUUGCUCGAGGGCCAUAUUGACUACGUGCCACUCAAGUGGAAAGAUGACAUCGUGGACCAACCCGUCUUUCCGCUCGACUACAAGCUAUACUGGAGAAUAUGGCACCGAGUUCUCGAGGUGGCCGGGCUUCGAGAGGGGCUGCGGCCUUACUCUAUAAGAGUGGGAGCCGGAGGUCGCCUCAAUGGUGCGCUUGAGCCUGCUCUUCGAAGUUACAUCAUGGGUAACACGGAAGAGGUCUUUCGGAAGAGCUACAACCCAGUCGAUCAGAGACACAGUCUAAUGACGGUGGCCUACAAAGAAUUGACUGGAGGCUGCGACGAGGUAAUCGCCAAACUGCAUCAGUCGUUCACAAAACGGGACUGCUACGCGCCGAUCUACAUCUCCGAUGAGGACUGGAAAGGAUUCGAGUCGCGGAACGACAUCACCCAAUGGCGCAAAGAACUGAACAGCCUUCCCAACCGCAGCAGCAAAGAGGCGAAGAGGAUCCAAUCGAGGAUCCAGUAUGUCAAGAAGGUGCUGGAGCAGGAGCUCAUAAAGCGACGGCGCGACGAAUACUUUGAGACUGCCGACCGCCUGAGAAGCGAAGGACAGUCUACAACCCAUUUGCAUGAACGCAGACCAAGAAGACCUGGUCCGAAGCAGAACGAACUCAGCAGCAAGAUGGCAGAAGACUUGUCGCCUCUUUUCCUCGCAGAAGACUCAACGAAGAGAUUUGCCGACGAGCUUGUCAGGUACUUAAGGCAAGCUCCAGAUCAAGAUCCUCCACAAGGUCCCAAGGAUGCGGAAGCGACGAGACCAAAAGCAGAUUCAACGACACCUAGGUGUUUGAUCUGUAACAAGAAUUUCGCACGGAAGAGCGGCCUGACCAGACAUGUUAACUUGGAGCACAGCGAAGAUUUUCGGAAACCUUUCUAUUGUCGCGAGUGCGAGUUCUCAGGACAGAAACAGCUGAUUGCAGCCGGCCUUUCUGCCUGGAGCAACCACGUUGAACAAUACCAUGGCAAACUCCAUACACCCAACCCUGUAACACCAGCUCACUGCUUACUUUGCGACAAGACCUUUUCAACUGGAGGGUUUAGCUUGCAUCUCAAACGAUCUCACGCUCAGCUUGGCCACUUUGAAACGAGCUUCCCCUGUCCAGAAUGCCGGCGGUUGGGCACCGACGAUCUCAUCGUCAACCUGGACCAGUGGAUACUCCACGUCCGGAACACACACGAUGGCGGUGCAGUACCAGGGGCCAUCGUUGUCGGCGCCACCGACCAGAAGCCUAGGAAGAGGAAGAGAGGGGAGCUAGACCAGUAUCAGCAGACCAAGACGAAACAGGUAUGUGUCGAGGCGAUUGUGAAGGACGAGCGGGGAGAGGGGAGUUGUGGCAUCACAAGCGGUGACUACCAUGGCGGCACAGAUUUCUGGGACAAGGAUGAGCAGGUAGAUUGGGAUCAGAGCACCGCAAGCGGUUCCUGCCAUGUUAGUGAAGAGUUCUGGGUAACUGGGAGAGACGAGGAUUAUUGA